AUCCUAGAAGUUUGAGAGAGACCCUUCCUCCGGUUCUUUUAAUCUAGACAGCUUCUAUUUGUAGCCGAUCAUUUAAAAUCCCUACUUCUACCCAAAUUUAUUCUCCCCUAAAAGGAUUCAAAACCUAAAGUAAUUCCUUUCUCAUCAUCUUCAACAAAUCCUCCCAAGCCAUGCAAAACCAGGGCUUGUUUGAGGAACAACAAGAGAUGCCUACUCCCAUGGGUUUCUUUUCUACUUUUCCUCCCAACAACAUCACUUCAUGUCCUCCAUUGGGUUGCCAUCAAUCUCUCAAAGCCUUCAAUAUAGCAGCACCUCAUCAUCAUCAUGCACUUCCUACUGAAACCCUACUCUCAUCUCUCUCCUCUCCAAAGCAUAGAGAACACCUUGCUUCUGAUUUUGGGGGACCCCGUCUCCUUUCCUUGCAGAGAUCUAGUGCAAAUUUAUGGGCAUGGGGAGAGUUAAACGAGUGUUUGGGAAGCAAGAAAAAUGGUGUAGAUGAUCAUCUAGGGGUUUCAGCAAUGAAAAUGAAAAGGAUAAAAGCAAGACGAAAGGUAAGGGAACCUAGGUUUUGCUUCAAGACCAUGAGCGAGGUGGAUGUGUUGGACGAUGGAUACAAGUGGAGAAAGUACGGGCAGAAAGUAGUAAAGAACACCCAGCAUCCCAGGAGCUACUAUCGGUGUACGCAAGAUAAUUGUCGGGUGAAGAAACGAGUGGAGAGAUUAGCCGAGGAUCCAAGAAUGGUAAUUACAACGUAUGAAGGGCGACACGUACAUUCACCCUCACACGAUCUUGACGACUCCCAACCUUCUGACUCUCAGCUUAACAACUUCUUCUGGUAGCAACCCACCACUCCUUUAACAUCGAUCCAUCCAUAUAAUAUAUUCUUCAAUCUGCUUUCAUCUCUAUCAACCUUUUUCAUAUAGUUUUGAGGAACAUUGAAAAUAAGCUUUUCCUUGUCUAAAAUCAGGCCUCUGCCCCACCCUCUUGCCCUUAUAUAUAUAUGUAAGCUUUCUGCUACCAUCAAAUGAACAAUAACUUUUUUUCUUUUUAAUCUGUAAAUUUUGUUGAAUACAUGAUGUUGAUGCCUAAGAUCCACUGGUUUUGUUAAGCUUUAUUUUUAAGGAUGGUUUCAUUAUGUUUGUAUGAAAAUAA